UUACCCGUGUGAUUGCUCCAUAAUCGACCGUAGUCCCUAGAAAACACCCAACCGGAGAUUCCUAAAAAUCCGACCCGAAAUAUCUCAGAGCUCCAUGGCGAAAAGAUCGAUACCGGCCCUAAACAGGGUCCUCUCAAAUCUGAGAUCGCGGCCGCCACCGCCGUGUCCAUGGCUCCUCAGCCAGACCCGGUCGGUAACUUACAUGCCUCGACCCGGAGACGGCACUCCACGGGGCGUGACCUUGAUCCCUGGUGACGGGAUUGGACCUCUGGUGACCGGCGCGGUCGAGCGGGUGAUGGAGGCGAUGCACGCACCUGUGUACUUCGAGCGCUACGAGGUGCAUGGGGACAUGAAGAAGGUUCCGGAGGAGGUGAUCGAGUCGAUCAAGAAGAACAAGGUUUGCCUCAAGGGCGGGUUGGCCACGCCCAUGGGAGGCGGCGUGAGCUCGCUCAACAUGCAGCUCAGAAAGGAGCUCGAUCUCUACGCUUCGCUCGUCCAUUGCUUCAAUCUCCCGGGGCUCCCCACGCGCCACGAGAACGUGGAUAUCGUGGUCAUUAGGGAGAAUACCGAGGGCGAGUACUCGGGCCUCGAGCACGAGGUCGUUCCUGGCGUCGUCGAAAGCCUUAAGGUGAUAACAAAGUUCUGUUCGGAGCGAAUCGCAAAGUACGCAUUCGAGUAUGCUUACUUAAACAACAGAAAGAAAGUGACUGCCGUUCACAAAGCAAACAUUAUGAAGCUUGCAGAUGGUCUGUUCUUAGAAUCCUGUAGAGAGGUUGCAACUAAAUAUCCCGGGAUCCAGUACAAUGAGAUUAUUGUCGACAACUGCUGCAUGCAACUUGUUUCAAAGCCGGAGCAAUUUGAUGUCAUGGUAACACCAAAUCUUUACGGUAAUCUAGUUGCAAACACAGCCGCUGGUAUUGCCGGUGGCACAGGAGUCAUGCCGGGAGGCAAUGUUGGCGCUGAUCAUGCAAUCUUUGAGCAAGGCGCAUCAGCAGGAAACGUGGGCAAUGAGAACCUUGUGGAGCAAAAGAAAGCAAAUCCAGUAGCCCUGCUUCUCUCGUCAGCCAUGAUGCUGAGACAUCUCCAGUUUCCUUCAUUUGCUGAUCGACUAGAAACUGCUGUCAAACAAGUCAUAUUUGAAGGCAAGUACCGGACAAGAGACCUUGGUGGACACAGCUCGACUGAAGAAGUUGCCGAUGCAGUUAUUGCCACCUUGACUGACUGAGGACAUACAUACUCAUUACCAUUGCCUUUCCUGACUAAGUACAAUUUUGUGACUUUCCAUGGAGUUCUUAUCUCCCUAUAUUCCUUUUUUUUCCCCCUUUUCAAUCUAUAAACAUUGGUGAUUUAUUUUCCUCUGACACCUUUGAAAUUAUAAAUAACAUCACUCAAAAAGGGGUAGUGAUGAGAUUUAAGUUAGAAAAA